AUGGUAAAACUUGUGCUUCUCUUCGUUGGCGAAGUUACCAUUGGGUUCACAGCACUGGAUUCCCAUAUCGCUGUCUCAAGAGGUGAUCGUGAUCGGUGGAGUUUUAAUCACAAUUGUAAUUGGAUCGGUGAUUCUGGAUCCGGCUCCGACGACUUUUUUGAGGACGAUAAAGAACUCGAAUUGUGCCCUGCAAUUAUGGUCGGAGGUGACACAAUGUGGGAGCCGUUCACGUCCGCCUCAGUGAUAAAGUUGGCUAUGGGGGACAGCAAGCCACUCGAAGAUGCGUGUGAAUUCAUGAUGUCGAUAUUAUUAUAA